GGUAAAAUUACUGGGAUCUUUGAUGGGCUUCAUCACCCCGGGACAUAUAUUUAUUCAGUAAGGAUCUGUAAGAUAAAAGUUUAUAGACUGACAGGAUAAAUCUUCCUUGUUCUAUGCACUAAUGUUUUGAAUAAGCAUGAUCAAAAUGCAUUGAAUUCAAUUAUGGAAGCAUGACCAGAAUUUCCGACUUCUGUACAACUUCAACACUGUAUUCCAAGUGAGGACAUAUGGCUAUGGUUGAUGUUUUCGUUGGUAACUUCACUGUGAUUGACACAGACUUAUAUGAGCUUUGGCUGAGUGGUUAUUCAGCACAUGAUGCAUCUGCAGUGUUGCAGAAGCGAGGUGUGCUACACAACAUGGGAGUCGGUUUCCAGGAUCUGGUAUCUGAUACACAGGAUAACUACCGUCUCUUCAUCAACCUAGAAAAACUGCUAAAGGACCCAGCAAAACUAGGGGAGCAGCAUCUAUACCAGCUAGAUCCACAGACACAGAAACUUCUCAUAGAAAGAUAUUACCAGUUUGAUGCUGUAGUGGUAAGGGAAGUUCUUGGUAAGAAGCUGUCAUCGAGGAACAGAAAGGAUCUUGAUGAUGUGUGUGAGAAAACAAGAGUGCCCCUCAGAUCAUGUAGGCGUCAGUUUGACAACCUGAAGAGAGUAUUUAAGACUGUAGAGGACCUGACAGGAACAUUGGUAGAAAACAUACAGGCACACUAUCUAGUGUCCGAGGUACUUGCCAAGGAAUAUGCUGCCAUUGUGUUCAUUGCCAACAAUCGAUUUGAGACAGGAAAGAAGAAGCUCAGUCACCUGACAUUCUAUGACUUUGUCCACUGUGCCACCUCUUUGAUAGCUAAUUGGUCGUACACUGCUAAAGAUUCUAAAGGACGUGAGGACAUGGAUGUUGACCUUGACCGCAGAUUCCUACAGGAUCUCCGGGAGUUUAAGAUUCUACUGGAUAAAGAAAACUUAGAUGAACACAAAAGUUUGGUUUUAAAUGCAACAAAAACAGCACUUCCUAAGAGAAUACAUCAGGAUUUAGAUGAUAAUUUUAAGAACAUGUCAAAAGCAAUAGUGAAUAUUGCCUAUGGACUAAAUCACAGCAAAGAAGCUAGAGACAUCUUCAUAGACUUAGUAGAAAAGAUCAUUGAGCCUUGUAUGCAGGGGCGUUGGCUGAAGGAUGAGCUGAAUACUGUUUUAUUAGCCUAUAGAGAUGUCUAUCCUCAACUCGAGGCUUUCAGACACAGGAACCUGUCAAGACACAAGGUUGUGUGGGACAGAUACAUGAACACUCUUACAUCCUGUAUAGUACAGCUCUACCACAGCUGAGGGAGGCAUCUCUCCAUAGUAGAAUGGCAAGACAUUAAAAUCAGAACUUCGAUCAACUGAUCCAACAUGCCAUAGUCUUUAAAUGGUGGUAGACAUGCACAUCUGCUGUCGCGGCCAAAGUGGCAUGGAGUUAGAAUGUGCUGACAGAAACAGAGGGAAAUGACUGUGUAUGAGACCAGCAUAAUGGUGAAGUGUACUCACAGGUCAUGGAAUAUGAUCAGUGGUGAACAAAUGAAGGUGCCUCUAGAUCUUCUUUCAGUUUGAGUGGUGUUGACUUAUUUUCCCUGUAGAUAGAAUUCUAACUUUUGGAAACAGACAAAAAUUGAACAUUGUAUUUUGAACUUUUUUAAUAUGUUCACUACAGACAUAAGUUGUUCUGUACACAGGGGCGGGUCCAGGUGAGGGCGUAAUGGGCGUACGCCCCCCCACCUUUUUCAAAAAAAGGGGGGCACUCGCUCCAAGUCAGGAACCGUUACAUUAGCGCAUUUCACAAUUAUUUUAUGUUUUUUAGCAAAAAAAAGGUUGCAAAAAAACAUAAAGAAAAAUUUAAUUCUACGCCCCCUCUUUCAAAUAUCCUAGAAGCGCCCCUGGUACAGAUCAAUAUUGUAUACACAUACUAGGUAUUUUGUUGUGUAUAAAGUACUUGUGAUACUUUAAUGUUGAUUUUCAAUGUAUAUUUAAUUUAUUUUAACUUACCCAAUGCCGUAUGACCUAUUUAGAUCAACAUUAAAUCAAGGAUGCCUUGUCAUAUUUGUUAGAUAGGUGGAUUUAUGAAAUUUAUACUGAAUUUAUAUGUAUUUCAUCAUGUGUUUUAUAAAUAUGUUUUGAAAAAAGUUCCUCAA